AUGUCCCUGCAAGUUCGGAAACAGAAGUCAUCCGACGUUGAGUCUUGGAGAUCGCAGCUUCGGAAGACCCAAGCGUUGGAUGAUGAUUCCCCCGGAGAACAGCACGGCGGGGACGAAAACUACGGCGACCGCAAGCGAGCUGAUACCUGCCUGACUUGUCGUCAUGAGACGCCUUCGCCAUUACCAUCCCUUGCUAAUGCUGUUGAACCCACUCCGGAUGUUUCCACGGAGGCGUCAGAUGCGGCAGGCGACACUGGACAACAGGAUCACAAUGAACAGUCGUACAGGUUGAAGCCGAAGCGUCUAGAGGAGAUACGAAUUUCGAACUCCUCGAAAUCGACGUCGGAAACCUUGCAAAUGACGAAGGCGGAAUCGGGUACUGUCACCCACGUUUCCCAGACUAGCGAGGCUGUCCCUUCCGAUUUGGAAUCGGUUCCAGCCGAAGAGGCACUUGUCGACAGCGUUGAGCAAUCCAGUGUUGAGCCACCCCGGAGCUGCACUGACGAUGUCGAGGUCUUUAGCCCAAUGCCCAUCAUGCCGCCCAACCACACGUGCUCCUGGAAGGAACGGUACUUGAACUUGACGGCCGAAGUGCGGCAGCUGAAGGCGGAGAUUGUGUCCCAGGAACAACAUAAAUCGCCCGGGCGCGUUGAUGUUGAGACUAACGCCAGCCAGAGCGACAAUGACCUAGGUGUCGAGGGGCUUACCAUAGUCAUGCACCUGAAGGGCAAAGACGACCUCAUCAUCAAAACUGACUUGACUCAGGCGUCUUCCGAUGUAUAA